AUACUACGCCGUACAUACCCCUGCCCCGCUAUCUUUUGUUAUGUUAUGCGCACCUGUGUGUGUGUAAUGUGUUGUAGUAUAACUCUCACGAGACUACUUUACUUUAGCUAGAGCUAAUACAUGUAUCUCCGAAGUACGGGCACAUACAUACCAGAAGAGUGAUUUUUUUUGCCUCCUUCUUCUUUCUCGUGUCUAUGCUUGCUUUGUUUGGAUUUUAUAUCUCACUCACCUCCUGAGCACCUAUCAUUCGGUAUCAUUAUAAUAUGUUGCAACAUCAAAGCUGUUGACAUAUAAUAUCUCGUCUAUCUUGAUCUUAUAAGUUGAUCACCAAAUCUGUCUUCAUCUUCCCCCUUCUCUAUCUUAUUUAUACUCUAUCUAGACAAGCAUUUUUUUUAUUUUUUGUAUUUGCUUAUACAGAAUCCCAAUAAGAAAUGGAUCCAAAAACAUCAAGCAACCUCUCCUUCAUCCUCAACAAGCCCCAUGAUGUGCACUUCGCCUCCCGCCCCCUCCCCACCCUGCAAACCCCCCACGACGUCCUCGUCGCCGUGAACUACACCGGCAUCUGCGGCUCCGACGUGCACUACUGGGAGCACGGCGCCAUCGGGCACUUCGUCGUCAAGGACCCCAUGGUCCUCGGCCACGAGUCCUCCGGCACCGUCGUCGAGGUCGGCUCCGCCGUCACCUCCCUCAGCCCCGGCGACCGCGUCGCCCUCGAGCCCGGCUACCCCUGCCGCCGCUGCGCCCCCUGCCUCAGCGGCCACUACAACCUCUGCCCGGAGAUGCGGUUCGCCGCGACGCCCCCCUAUGACGGAACACUGACCGGCUUCUGGGCCGCCCCCGCCGACUUCUGCUACAAGCUCCCCGAGUCCGUCUCCCUGCAGGAGGGCGCGCUGAUCGAGCCCCUCGCCGUCGCCGUGCACAUCGUCCGGCAAGCCUCCGUUUCCCCGGGGCAAUCCGUGAUCGUGAUGGGCGCCGGGCCCGUCGGCCUGCUCUGCGCCGCCGUGUCGGCCGCCUUCGGCGCCUCGACCGUCGUCUCCGUCGACAUCGUGCAGUCCAAGCUCGACUUCGCGCGCUCCUUCAGCUCCACGCACACCUACCUCAGCCAACGCAUCUCCGCGGAAGCCAACGCCGCCAACAUCAAAGAGCACGCCGCGCUCCCCGGCGGCGCCGACGUCGUCAUCGACGCCAGCGGCGCCGAGCCCAGCAUCCAGACCUCGCUGCACGCCGUGCGCGUCGGCGGCACCUACGUGCAGGGCGGCAUGGGCAAGUCCGACAUCACCUUCCCCAUCAUGGCCAUGUGCCUGAAAGAGGUGACGGCGAAGGGGAGCUUCCGCUACGGCAGCGGUGACUACGCCCUCGCCGUCGAGCUGGUGCGCUCCGGCAAGGUCGACGUCAAGAGGCUUGUCAGCGAGACCGUCGACUUCGCGCAGGCGGAGCAGGCGUUCCAGAAGGUUAAGCUGGGGGAGGUCAUCAAGAUUCUGAUCAGGGGGCCGAAUGAGAAGGGGGUUGUUGUUGCUGGUAAGUAGGUAGGUAGGUAGGUAAACUAGGAAAAAAAAAGAAGUACCUAAAAGGAGAAAGAAUUGGGAGAAAGGACGGGAGUGUUGAGGCGUCUUGCGGUUGGUGGUGAUUAGAUACCUACCUAGGUAACCUACCCUACCUAGGUAU